AUGGGUGAGUUUGUUCUAUCGGUUCACUGGUGCGAUACCAACGACGUUCAGAUGCUACGCCAAGAGGCCCUUAUAUGGAGGACUCUGACGCACCCUAACGUAUUACAGUUCGUCGGCCUUCACUCAGAAGAGUUCGACCGUUCCAGCUUGAUAUCUCCUUGGUUGGAAAAUGGGACUUUACGCCACUUCUUGGCGGAUUCACGCUCGCAUGGCGUCGACGUCACUCAACUCAUAUGGCAGGUUUGCAGAGGACUCGCCUACCUUCAUUCACAAGGGAUUGUGCAUGGAGACCUUCGAGGGAACAAUAUACUUGUAGAUAAGGAUUUUUGUCCAAAGGUCGCGGAUCUCGGCCUUGCCAACUUCAUAACCGCAUCGAAUUCUGCUCCACAAGCCAAAUUCAUUGGCACCUUUCGUUGGUGUGCCCCAGAAGUCUUGCUGGACGACGGCGUCAGAUCCAAAGAAAGCGAUGUCUAUGCUUUCGGAUGGACGAUCAUCGAGAUUUUUACCUUAGAGAGACCCCAUCACGAAGCUGACGAUUUUAGAGCAAUCAUAAUGGUCUGCCAAGGCGAACCACCAGCUAGACCCGGCGCCGAACAAUGUCAUGGCAGAUUACUGAGCGAUGAGUUGUGGAAACUUGUUAGAUCAUGCCUAUCUACCCAGGUCUCGGAGAGACCUGUUGCGGACGAGGUUAUGACUAGACUUGAAAGUCUCCUUCCGUCACUAGCGACUUCGAUGUAG